AUGAAUCAUCAUCGACGAGGCUCGUUAACGACCGUAAACCCUCGCGAGAACCGCAUACUGCCGCGAUUUCGCUAUUCGGCAUCGUCUGCACGCGCUCGUGGAUACGGUAGCGUCACGGCACCCACUCCCAGAUGUACCUAUCGUAAUCGAAAACGCCUGCUAACUGCCAACCACUGUCGAGCGAUGUCGCUGGACAGAAUACUAGGCCCUCCUCCUGCACUCUACGGUCGACUUAUUAGCGAUACUAUUCCGGAUUGCUUAAUAUCAGUGAAUGGAGCUUCACCGAUAGCCUGCAAUGAAGAUCGUUUACGUAGAGCCAGUCCUCUACUGUCCUCACUUCUCUCUGCAGGGGAUUUCAAGGAAACGCGAUUUCUUCGACUACAUCUGAACAGCGCUAACGCUGAACUUGCCUUCAGUAAACUGAUGGCGUACAUCAACACUGGUGAUUUUGAAUUAGCUGGUUGCACAGCCGAACAGAUGCUGUCCGUCGCAAACGAAUGUCAAAUUCUGACGUUGCGGGAUCGCUUCCGUGAGAGCGUUCCAGCUCCACAACCUAGACCAGUAACUCACAUGUCUCCUGUGCCUAUUCCUCCUCACUUGCCCUCUCCCGUUCCCAUAUUCUCGCCUGUCCCGAACCCGUUUCUGUUGAUGGACUUACAGUCUCAAUUGCAGGCAGCCAACCUACUACAGAUAUUUAUGUCGCAACUACAACCAGCACAACCCACCAAUGAUCUUCUUGACGAAAAGACGAGCAAAAAGCGAAGAGCACAAAACGAUGUCAGGGAAAUCAAGAAAGCUCAUUCCUUGGACAGUGAUGAGCCCUUCGAUAACCUUGGCGACGUAAUUAUUCCAAGCACUGAUAAAGAAGGUUGGUGUCGCAAUAAGAAAUACAUUGAGAAGACUGAAACAGGCUUCAUGUGUAUAGUAUGCAAGAAAAUCUACGGUCGUUAUAAUUCCGUCUCAUAUCACGUGACUAUUUAUCACCGAAAUCCUCCUAUCAAAUGUGAUCUACCAGGCUGUCAAUUCACUACCAGAGAGGCUCGUUACAUCCAUUUCCAUAAAUACUAUCGUCAUGGCAUUGCACUUCCGCAGAGCAUCGACCAAGGGUCGAGAAGAUGUCCUCACUGCAGGCACGUAUCGAAAAGUCCAGCAAUGUUGGAAAAACACAUCAAGAGGCAUCAAAUUGUUGGGUUUCAAAAGGAAGCGGACAAUGAGAUGGAUCCUUCGUCCAGCGAACUUGUCGUUGUUGACGAUGAGGAGGAGCGCCAGCGUGGUCAGUCAGUUUCAAUGGAUGUGUUAGAAGUUCCGAAUGAGGACGUCCCUGUAAAGCCACGAGCUUUCACAUUAUGA